UGAAUAAAUGAUUGAGUUAAAGCGGGAGAUAACUCGAGCGGCGCCCGGUGACUCGGACGCGGCUGCCCUUUUUCCCUCGUUCAGUUUUCACUCCCCUCCCCUGCCGUAAUCCUGACUUUCCCCUCUCCUUCCGGAUUUCACUUUUCUGGUAUUGUCUCUCUUCCAGCCGACCUUACGGUUUUUGGUGAGAGCCAUUGCCUAUUCUUCCCGUUGAUCGAAGGUCACUUGCGAUGGAUUCGACUUCGUCGAGCCAGGCGGAAUUCGAUUAUUUGUUUAAGUUGCUUAUGAUUGGGGACUCUGGAGUCGGUAAAAGUAGUCUGCUUCUGAGUUUCAUCUCAGAUACCUAUGAAGAUCUGUCCCCCACAAUCGGUGUUGAUUUUAAGGUCAAGUAUGUCACAGUGGGGGGUAAAAGGCUGAAGCUGGCCAUUUGGGAUACAGCCGGUCAGGAGAGAUUCAGAACACUGACUAGUUCUUACUACCGAGGGGCACAAGGCAUCAUCAUGGGCAAGUUUCUGUUAUCUGAUUUAUCUCUAGUUUUUUCAGUCAUUGCUCUCAAUCAUAUAUUUGUUGAAUUGGAUGGAAUUUCGUGCACUCUUUUUCAUUAGCAAGUUGGAAAGAAGUAUGAAGUUUGCCUUGCUUAUAAAAGUCAAUCUAUAAGGUUGAGAGGAAGUCUGGCACUAGUUAUCUAUAGUGCAUAGUGCCAUUGCUAGUGCUGAGGGCUCCAAAAUGCUAUAGUGCGUGGCACUUUCAUUGCACCAGCUAUUUGAAAAUGCAGUGCAUAUCAUUAGAAGGUUAAUAAUGACUGAUAUAUUUAGAAAACCAACUCAGGCUGCAUUCUUGGAAUUUUGACUUGCUUUAUAUGGUUUAAAUAGCCUAAAUUGAAAACACCAAAAGUUGAUGGAAGGCAUGGAGUUUUUAAAGAAAGACAUAGCAGGG